UUGAUCAUGUUUCGUCAUCCAGAGGAGAACGAUGGAUUCUGUCAUGGAACGUUGCUAACCGAACGCCAUGUGCUGACUACGGCAAUUUGUACUGAAACGAUUGUACUGAAUGAAACGAUUGCCGUUUUAGGAGAGUAUGAGCGCAACCGAGAUCUCGACUGCGAUUCGAAUGGAAAUUGUACCGACCCGAUUAUGGAGCUGACAAUAGGAAACUACAUUGCUCAUCCGGGCUUUAAAGGAUCUUCAUUUGAAUAUGAUAUUGCUCUUGUAGUCCUAAAUGCAAAUGUCACGUACAGCAACAGUAUUCAGCCGAUUUGCUUGCCACUGACUCCGAUCAUAGCAUCUUCCGUACACAUUCCAGUCCAAUAUGAUGUACUUUGGCCCGAGGAAGGCGCACUUCCUAAACAAAUCCCGAUGAAAUAUGUACCACAUGCAAUUUGUGAAAAAUUUACCGCAAACCUACUGAUCCUGCACGAAGGGCAAAUUUGUGCGAAAUAUGAAAGGCAAAUGGCGGCUCGUUUGAUGAAUGGUUCCGGUUCUCCGCUGCUGGUUGAAUUCCACGAUCGUAUCUUUCAGCUAGGAAUACUUUCGAUUGGUCUAGCUAACGCUACCUACCGUGAUCCAUAUGUGUACGUUAAUAUUACUACUCACGCCAACUGGAUCCACAACACCAUACUCAAUGAUAUGCAGUAAUAAAGGUCAUUUUUAUUCAUCAUCAUUACAAAUGUGAACAUAAAAGCAAAUAUACAAACCAGGAGAUUCAUUUUGGCGAGCUUCAAGUUAU